AGGUGAACUCAGCGCGGCUGUUCGGCGCGCUUCGUCAGUUGCCCAACUAACUUGCCCGAAGCAAGACGUACGCGCGCGCGCUCUCUCAAAUACGAAAUACGUGCAAUACGAAAGACAAGCAAGAAACGUAACGUAAAUACGCAGAUAAAAUAUAUGAAUAGGAAGACAAGUGCAUUUAAUAAACAGUUUUAAUCAGAGCUAAAGUGCGCGAGUGUGUGACAGUGUUGUAAAAUCGAUUGGUUUGAUUUGUUUGAUAGAUUGGUUCAUCUAAUUGACAAAUCCAUCGAUCGAUCGAUGUUCGCGUAGUGGACGGACAACAUAUGAUGAGCCUGACUGUGCUCUCCUUGCCGCAACGUUACAAACGCCUCCUGCAAGCCAUGUCUCUCGCCGUCGCCGUCGUCUAUAUGACGCUCCUGCUCUAUCAGAGCGCCUACGGAUAUCCGGGCAUGCAAUUGCAGCCACAAAUAAGCUCGAACCUCUUGGAUGGCACUGAAGCUGCCACAACAACAACAACAACGACGAAGACGACCACACAACAACAGCAGCAUGUCAGCGAUCAAUCGUUGCCCCCGUUGCCCCCGUUGCAUGUGGUCGCAGGUGUUGCAGGUGCAGCAUCCCCCUCCCCCUCACCAUCGCCGAUUACACCCUCGCUGAUCAUACGCAAGGACAUUCACAGCUUCAACUUUAGCGACAUUGAGGUUAGUGAGCGAUCAACGGCAACGCUGCUAACGGAACUCGCACGUCGGAGUCGCAACGGCGAACUGUUGCACGAUCUGUCGCAGCGGGCGGUGACAGCGACGCCUCAGCCGCCGACGACGGAACUGGAUGACAUUUUCAUCAGCGUGAAGACAACAAAGAACUAUCACGAUACGCGAUUGGCGCUGAUCAUCAAGACCUGGUUCCAAUUGGCCAGAGAUCAGACCUGGUUCUUCACAGACACCGACGAUCAUUAUUAUCAGGAGAAGACAAAGGGCCAUCUUAUAAACACAAAAUGCUCACAGGGCCAUUUUCGCAAGGCUCUGUGCUGCAAAAUGUCCGCAGAGCUGGAUAUCUUCCUGGAAAGCGGCAAAAAAUGGUUCUGUCACUUUGAUGAUGACAACUAUGUCAAUGUGCCACGCCUUGUAAAACUGCUGGACGAGUACAGUCCCACUGUGGAUUGGUAUCUGGGCAAGCCGAGCAUUUCAUCGCCACUCGAGAUUCACUUGGACAAUAAGAAUGCGACGACGAACAAGAAGAUAACCUUCUGGUUUGCCACAGGCGGCGCUGGUUUCUGCCUCAGUCGUGCUCUGACCCUCAAGAUGCUGCCCAUAGCAGGUGGUGGCAAGUUUAUUAGCAUCGGCGACAAGAUACGCUUUCCGGAUGAUGUCACAAUGGGUUUUAUCAUAGAGCAUUUGUUGAAGGUGCCACUCACAGUUGUCGACAAUUUCCAUUCACAUUUGGAGCCUAUGGAACUCAUACGCUCCGAGACCUUCCAGGAUCAAGUGUCCUUCAGCUAUGCGCACAUGAAGAAUCAAUGGAAUGUUAUCAAAGUGUCUGGUUUUGAUCUUCAGACCGAUCCCAAGAGAUUCUAUUCACUGCACUGUCGUCUCUUUCCCUACUUCAGCUUCUGCCCGCCCUUAUAAAAUAAAGCUAGGGUAUUUGGGGUGUUUUGGCUGUUGCAGGCGUACGCGGUUCUGAACCAAAUUUGGCAAACGUCGAAAUAAAAGGGACAUAAAAAAA